CUCAGGACUAGUUCCCCUCUGUUGCAUUCUCCAUAGCGCCAUUCUCUUGCAGUCUUGCUCUAAUGCAUUUUCCUGCAGAGUUCAAAUUCAUUAGGCUCAUUGCAAAAUUUGAGAGAAUCUUUUUGUUGAUAGGAAGAAUUCCUUUGAGCACAAGAGUGGUGUUCAGGUCCCCGUAUGUUGUAACCUCAGUUACCAGCUGAAUGGGUUGUUGUCAUGGCCUUUAAGGUCUAAGGUCCCAUUGAAGCUCAUUGGCAUUGCUAUGGAAUGAACUUAAUCAUUAGAGAAGAUCAAAACAUCAAUUGAUAAAACAUAGAGAGAUGCUGGGUGGCAACCAGAAACUGAUUUUGUCGAUUAUUACAAGACCCACACAACAGCAAAUGGUAAAGAGAUUUUUUACAGGAUUGAGUGGUUAUGCUUAUGAUAAUGGAUAUGAGAGGAGGGAUUGUGAUUUUCAAACAGAGAGAUUACAGUUUGUUCCUCGUGUGAAUGUACUGGAAUUGAACUAUGAAUUGAAAAAAUUGAUUGAAACUGGGCGUAUAGAUGAUGCAAGGAGAAUGUUUGAUAAAUUGCCUCAGAGAGAUGAAAUUUCUUGGACUACUAUGAUUUCAGGUUACGUUAGAGUGUCCAAUGUUGCGGAAGCGCUUACGUUGUUUUCACGUAUGUGGGUAGAUAGUAGUGUGCAGAUUGAUUCGUUUGUUCUUGCUAUUGUACUUAAGGCGUGUGGGUGUAAUUUGGAGUUGAAUUAUGGGAGAUUGAUACAUGGGUAUUCGGUGAAAACUGGUUUUGUGAAUUCUGUGUUUGUGGGGAGUGCACUUUUGGAUAUGUAUGCGAAAUGUGGUUGCAUUGAUUUGGGUUGUAGAGUGUUUGAGGAGAUGCCGGAACGGAAUGUUGUUUCUUGGACUUCUAUCAUUUCUGCACUUGGUCGUGCUGGUCAUAAUAAGGAGUCAUUAAGAUACUUUGUUGAAAUGUGGAAAUCUAAUGUAGAAUGUGAUUCACAUACAUUUGCUAGUGCAGCAAAAGCUUGUGCAGAUUCUAAUGCUUUGAAUUAUGGUAGGGAAAUUCACACGCAAGCGAUAAAAGUGGGGGUUGAUUCUACUUCAUUUGUGGGAAAUACACUGGCUGCUAUGUAUAAUAAGUGUGGGAAAUUGGAAUACGGGUUGUGUUUGUUUGGGAGGAUGAGAACACCCGAUGUGGUUUCAUGGACAACCACAGUUGCCGCUUAUCUUCAAUUGGGUCGAGAAGAGAAAGCAAUUCACACAUUUUUACAGAUGAGAGAGUCAGAUGUUAGUCCUAAUGAAUUCACUUUUGCUGCAAUCAUCUCUUGCUGUGCAGGUCUUGCGAAGAUUGAAUGGGGCGAACAGUUACAUGCUCACAGUCUGUCUAUGGGGUUUAUGGACUCUUUGUCAGUUGCCAAUGCCACCAUAAAAAUGUAUUCAGAGUGUGGUAGGUUAGAUUCAAGUUUAGUGGUGUUUCAUGAGAUGUCAAGGAAGGAUGUAGUUACUUGGAGUACGAUAAUUUCUGGGUAUUCCCAGGGUGGCCAAUGCGAAGAAGCUUUUCAGCUUUUAUCAUGGAUGAGGAAAGAAGGAACAAAACCGAAUGAGUUUACUCUUGCCAGUUUAUUGAGUGUCUGUGGAAGUAUGGCGAUUGUUGAGCUUGGGAGACAAGUUCAUGCUCACAUAUUUACCAUUGGAAUUGAACACGACGUAAUGAUAAAUAGCGCUCUGGUUAAUAUGUAUUCCAAGUGUGGGAGCAUAUCAGAAGCCUCACAGAUCUUCAAUGCUACAGCAAAUCAAGAUGUUGUCUCAUGGACAGCAAUGAUUAACGGUUAUGCUGAGCAUGGCUAUAGCAAACAAGCUAUCGAUCUGUUCGAGGAGAAAUCAAAGACGGGCUUAAAACCAGAUGAUGUUACAUUCAUUGGCAUUCUAAGUGCAUGUAGCCAUGCUGGACUUGUUGAUCUAGGUUUCCACUACUUCAGAUCCAUGAGUAAGGUGUACAAGAUAAGUCCAGGAAAAGAACAUUAUGGUUGCAUGAUUGAUCUCCUCUGUCGUGUUGGAAGGCUGAGCGAAGCUGAGGAAAUGAUUCUUAGCAUGCCAUUUAAGCAAGACGAUGUUGUUUGGUCGACGUUGUUAAGAGCGUGCAUGGUUCAUAGAGAUGCAGAGCGUGCAAAGAGGAUAGUAAGAUUCAGUUUUGAAAUAGAUCCGAACUGUGCAGGAACUCACAUUACUUUCUGUAAUAUUUUAGCAGCAGAUGGGCAGCAGAAGGAAGCUGCCAGUGUGAGGAAAAAUAUGAAAUCAAAAGGGGUGGUAAAAGAACCAGCAUGGUCAAUGGUUAGGGUUAACAAAGACCAGUUUUCUACAUUUGUAGCUGGUGAUAGAUCACAUUCACAGGGUGAGGAAAUAUACUCCAUGUUGGAUUUCCUGCAAGUUGUAUCAAGGUUGGAAGAAAUGACUGACAAUAGCACCACAUUUGAAGAAAUGGGUUCUUAAAUUGUAAAACUAUUGUACCGAUUCGACAGUGUAACAAGAAAUUUGAGAAUUGUUAUUUAUAGAAAUUAGUCUUUACCAUAUAUGCCUUGAAUAGAAAAUAAAAUAAAAACCGUUCUUACAAAUACAACAUUACUCGCAUACAAUACUUUUUCUUUUACCAGCAUGAUUCUAUAGUGCAA